CGAAAUCUAAUUAAGGAAAGGGGGCGCUUUUGGAAAUUCCUGGAAAAAGUACGUACUGUACUGCGUGAAUGCAGCUAGGAGGUUUAGGCUAAGCUUUGAUUGUGCUGCUGUUGUCAACUUCUGUUUUCGAUCAGAGAUAAAAAAAAAAGACCGAGUUGGUAAAUUGAAUGCAGUAGCUAUGUCAUUCCAUAGUAAUGAUGAGGUGGCUUUGGAACAGAUGGAGUUUUCUUAUAUAAAAGAAUGCAAAGAUACGAAAGAACUGGAGCGAAUUCUUCGAAAGCUCAAGUCAGGCAGUGAAGGUUAUUUUCCACAUCUCACUACAUACUGUGAAGAAAGGCUUGCAGAGCUAAACCCAAAAAGCCAAUUGCUGAUCAAAGAUGGCUUACCUGCAAAUAAAUAUGAUGUGGAUAAGAAAGAAUGGGAAAAUAUACAAAAGGAGAUGAAUGAGUUUGAGAAAAUUGGUAAAGACAAUGCAGGUAACGCAGAUUAUAACAAUGUGAACCUUCCCCCUAUACGAAAUAGUACAGUGAUAACAACGGAUGGGAAAAAAGUAAGGUCAAAGAAUGAAGAAUGGGGUAAGCCAUCCAAAGAUCGAAUUUCCUCAUCAAACUACAGAGAAUGGGACAAGUUUGAUGCUGAUACAGCUGCAAGUAAUGUUGAUAAGAAAAUCUCAGCUGAGUCUAACACAUCUAGUAUCAACGCAGAAGAUAUCAACAUACAGCAUUUGGUCGAUACAGCAGGAAUGUCAGAAGAAGAAAAGGUUUCGAUGGCUAACCGAGAAAAGGACAAAGGAAAUGAAGCAUUUCAUUCUAAAGAUUUCAAAGAAGCCUUAGCAUAUUACAGUAGAAGUAUCUCCAUACAACCUUCAUUAGCUGCUUAUAACAAUAGAGCACUUGCAAGUAUCAAAUUGAAAAAAUUUGAUGAUGCUGUAAAAGACUGCGACAAGGUCCUAGAAGAUGAACCAGACAAUGUCAAAGCCCUUUUGAGAAGAGCAACAGCAAAAAAAGGUCUCAAGAACUAUCAUGCUGCUAAACUAGACAUUCAGAAAACACUUUCACUUGAGCCAGGCAAUAAGCAAGCUAAGAGCAUGUUGGCUGAAAUCAUCACUGCUGACUCAAAAAAUACAAAGACAGAAAGCAAGGGGAAGAGAAUAAAAAUUGAAGAAGUUGAAGGGAGUGGUGAGGAGGAUGCUGAUGAGGAUAGUGCAGAAAAUAGCACUAUAGCAAACGGAUAUCAUAAGAAACUGGAAAACGAAGUAGACGACACCGAUGGCAAUAUCUGUAGCACUAAGAAAAAUAAAAGCAGCGAUCAAGAACCAGAAGAAAGAGGGAUGGAUCAGGACCGAAGUUCUCCAGAACAGAGAUCUGAAGUAGAAUCAAAGAAAGAAAGUAGUUCAGAAACCAUAAGUGAACAGCGCCCACAAGCUGCAGAACCCUCAGAACCUGCCCAGGCUCCUGUGGUUGCACCUCCACCACCCCCUUCUCUCCCUAGCACUACUUUGUCAUUCAAAGACGAAGCUCAGAAGCUUUACCUUGCAGGACAAUAUGGCAGAUCAUCAGAGUUGUAUACCAAAGCUAUACAAACACUUAUGCCAGACAAAGAUGUACAUGCGGUCUCUCUAGCAACAUUGUAUAGCAAUCGUGCGGCUUGCCACUACCAAACUGGAGAUAUGAGACAGUGUAUUCAGGACUGUGAUGAUGCCCUCAAAUUUGGACCGUUCCUCACCAAACCUUACCUCCGAAGAGCCAAGGCAUAUGAAACGCUUGAAAGGUACCGCCAAGCUUAUGUGGAUUAUAGGAAUGUUCUCCGCAUCGACCCAACAAACAAGUCAGCUCAGGAUGGGUCUGCCAGAUGUAUGAUGGUGCUCAAAGAGCAGGAUGGAUCCAACUGGAGGGAAAAGCUACCAAAAUCAGAUGUACAACCUCAAACAUUUAUACCACCCAUAUUGACAACUGUUGCCAAGAGUGCAUCAUCAGCUACUACAGCCACUUCAACCACAGUCAAGAUGUCCACAGGGAUGGCUUCAUCACAUCAAACAUUAUCUACACCUGAAAAUGAUGUGAAGGUUGAAGAGAAAUUAAACGUUGAGGAAGAUCAUCAGAAUGAGGCUGGAGGGAAUGUUGAAAUUGCGGCACAGAGUGAGAAUGAAGCGAACAUGGCUGCAGAGGAGACAUUAAAGAGGGUGGCAUCAGAGGAGGCAGGUGCAAACAAGGAUAAAGAUGACAAUGUACCCUCUAUUCAAGAGCAGUAUCAAGCAGCAAAAGAGAAAGGCAACAUGCAUCAUAAAAAGGGGGAAUAUGAGCAAGCAGUAAAAUGUUACAGUGAGUGUGUUGAUUUGGAUAGGACUCAAACAGUUGGUUUCACUAACAGAGCACUUUGUCACAUUAAGCUAAACCAGCCACUUCUUGCAGUGUCUGAUUGCUCUACUGCCCUCAAGCUGGAUGACAAAAAUGUGAAGGCUUUAUAUAGGAGAGCACAGAGUAGAAAGAUGCUGGGAGAGUACAAAGAAGCACUAAAAGACCUCAAAACACUUCUCAACAUUGAGCCUACUAAUAAGACAGCCAUCAAAGACUUGGAAACUGUCAAAGAACUGUUUAGAGAGGAAUUGCGUGUGAAGCAGACGCAAGCAGUGCCCUCUGCACCGCCACAGGCAACACCAAAAACACAAGCUACAGCUUCAUCAACCACACCAGUCAAACCAACUGUGUCACCAUCAACAGAAAAGUCUGAAAUUUCAGCAAAGAAGAAAAAGAAGAACAACAGAAAGAAAAUACAGAUUAAAGAAGUUGAGGGUAGUGAUGAUGAUGAGGAAUUAAAGAAGGACACAAUAUCUGAACCACAAGAGGUUACAUCAACUGAACAAGUGAAAGAAGUAGAAGUUUCUAAAUGUGAGGCGGUAGAAGAAGCAGAAAAGAAGGAAAGUGCAGAGAAUGAGAAACCGAAAGAAGGCACAUCAAAUGUAAAAACACCACCGAAGAAUGAAGGUAAAAAGAAGAAAAAGAAGAAAUCCAACAAUAAAGGAGCUAACAGUCAGACACCUGUUGAUACACUGCCAGUAGACUUGAAGGCUGGAACUCCAUUUGAAUUUUCACAAAGUUGGGCUAGCAUCCAUAAGAGACCGGAUUGUAUUGAGCGUUUGGCUGAUUUACUCUUACUAGUACAGCCAAGCAAGCUCCCUCAAAUUGUAAGCCAUACUUUGGAUGGAGAGCUAUUGACAGCCCUGGUGCAAUCCCUUGAAAGUGCUGCAGUAUUUACCAAAAGUCCAAAGGUUUACAACUGUUAUGAUGUUUCUAUCAUCUGCAGAUAAAACAGCUCUUCAACAAGUAUUCCACAGCCUUAGCGUUGCUGAAUCAAGCAAGUUCAGUAAAAGAGAUGUUGACCAGUUGAAGAAGAAACACUAUGCAGUAUUAUAGUAUAUUCUAGGUGUCUUAUACUGCCCUCAACCACUAGCAAACUGUCUGCUAUGAGAAGAUAUGUGUUGUAUUUGUCUAGCAGUUUUCUUUGAAUUUUUCUCCAUUUACCUGAAAAUUAACCUUAAAGAUGGCCAACCAGUUUGAAAUGGCAAACUGGAAAAAUAGUAUGUAUGAUGCAGAGUACUUAAAUCAGGCUUAAGUGCUACCUUGUUGUAAUUGGGUGGUGGUAUAAAAAAAACCACAUUUUGGUCCCCACGAUUUUUUAAUUGAUUUGGUCCCGCACAAUAUUUUAAUUGAUUUGCUAUUGAACUACUAUUUGUCGGAUUGCUGGAUAUAUAAUUCUGGAACAAAUAAAAGCUCAAAAAAUUAUAGUGUAUGUGAAUAUAUACCAGUGAGUUUGACCAUGUUGUGUGUGUUUUAUGUUUAGAAAUUGUUAUACUGUAACUCAUUUGUUAUAAACCAUUAAAUGGUUUUUCUGUAUCGUCACCUGUUACAGUGCAGUCGUGUAAAAGCAUUUAUGCUUAACAGUAUUUGGAUAUACUGUACUAAGCAAAUUUAAACUGGUAAAGUUUAUCAUGCAAGUAGCCUCAAUAUGUAACAAAAUGAUCAUAAAUAUUAAAAUUUCAUAAUGUAUUAGUUGUGUACUUUUGGAUGAGGGAAUUUAUAAUGGUCAUUUUGAAAGUACUGUAUUGGAACAUUUUUUUCAUAUAUUCUCUGCAAAGAAUGAUUGAAUGUAAUUGAAACAGAAUACUUAUCAGGAAUUGAUUUUUGCAAUUAUUUAGCUCGAAGAAUGUAUGUGAAGAGUUGCAGAAUUAGAAAUAUUAAUGUACUCAGAUAUUAAAGAAUAAAAUAAGGAAAAAAUAAGAUCAUUGUGAGUUGUUGAACAUGUGCAUUCAGUCCAAACUUCAAUGAAAAUACAUAAUUAUAUAAUGACUACACACUUAACAACAUUUCUAGUCAAUCAAAUAUGAUUUAUAGAUUAUUUUGAUUGAAUCUGUAUAAAGGGAUGCAGGAUAAGGUAGGUAUACAUAUUUUUAAAAAGGGUUAGACUUUUAGUCGAGAAGUCGUAGGUUGAGACUGACGAUUGUCUCCUUGCUUGUCUUUCUUCACCCAGGAGUAAAAAUUGGUACUGGAGAGUUGAAUGAUUUGGAAUGAAAUUGUAGUGAUGAACUACAUGUAUAAUUAGGAUUCUCCCCAGGGAGGGGAGGAGGUUGCAAGUUGUGUUUGGUUGAUUCUGUACCAGUGACCAGGAAAAAAGUGCCUUGAGUAGUUUGCAUACAUAUCCUUUAGAAGAGGAUGAGGAGUUGUUGCACUCCAAUGAAUAGUUGUUACCACCAUAUAUGGUGGGGUAACCACUGUGUACAUUGAAAAAUGGGGACUUGUUCUAUUUCCUGUGCAGUCUUUUUGUUCUGUGUAGGACUAGAACAUCACCCACAUUUUUUUGUUGAAGGAUGAAGUAAGUAGCCCAUGAAAGCCAGUUCAUGACAACAGUUCAUGACAUAGCUUAUGCUAUAAAUAUAAAUUUAAACUUCCCAAAAUUUUAAUCCAAUACACUUAAAUGAUUCAGUAAAAGAUCUUAAGACAAAAGAAAAUGCUAAUGGAUACUAACGAGAAGAUUUUACUCAUGUGGCUUAUGAACUAUGUUUCAUUUGACUUUGACACAUGUCAAAACAUAGCCUUGUGAAAUACUGUAUACUGAUUAUGUUGUAAUCCUUUGCCAGUAAUUGAUAAAAAUGUAUGUUAAAAAUAUGAAUUAUUUGAAAAGGACAAAAUGGAAUCUAUUAGUUUCAUUUAUUAAAGGCCUGACAUUAAUUCAGUUGAUAGAAAGUGCUUGAAAAGAAUUGAUCAUUCAAAAUACUCAGUUAUGUUUUGUUUUAUUCUUUCAAUCAAUUUUAUAUUAAUUGGGACCAAAAAAUGUAUUAUCAAACUUAGGAACUAUAUAAUCAUUGUAAUAAUGUGGCUGUUUAUGAGCACUGAAAUAAAAAUAUCUCGACACAAAAUAAUGUGGUAUAAAUAUAUAUUGUAGUAGGUUUUUUUCGUCUAUAAGAUGUCACAUUUUUUUUCAUUCUGUUUUAGUAGUUUCCAAAAUCAAUGGAAAGUUUCUAGGAAAAUUGAUUGUGUUGAGAUAUGAAUUUUAAGUCAUUGAAAUGUUAUUGGUAGGCCUUGUUUUAAUUUGCCUUAGUUACUGGUUCAAUUUAAAUUAAUUUUAUAGGCCUAUAUUUAAAAUUUUGUGGUGUUUCACAGGUUUUCUACAUGGGCCAUCUCAGGGGUGUCGCCAGGAAUUCCUCGACGAUCAGUCCAAGCUCCCCGACAAGGGUCCACACUCAAACGUUGGGAUCCCCUCACCUUGUUUUCCCCGGACCCCGUUAGCGCCACCCCUGGGCCAUUUCCUUCGCAUUCACUAAGUGAAGAAUACAGAAUAUUGUUCCUUCACAUCCUGUUUAGGUGAGGGAUCUUGAUUUUCUACCUUUUUCUUACAGAUGCAGCAAAAUGUUGAAAUUCUGACAUUCAUUAUUAUUUUUUUUAAUUAGUAGUAAUAAAAUCACUUCAAUGUUGACAUCUUUUUUUCUUGCAAAAAAAAGGUAUAAAAGUUUGUUGUGUCAAACAGAAUGGAAUGAAUAAAGUUUUUCAUAACCAGA